AUGAAGAGACACCCAGGUGUGUUUCGGAGGAGUGAUGGAUGGGAUCCAGCAGGAGUGAAGACUCAGCGGUCAUCAAGCGUGCAAGUGAAAGAGGACAUGGAUACCCGAAGUGAAAGUGAGCAUCAGCCAUCAAGAGAUGCUUUGAUAGACAUCAGCUUUUGCGGAUCCACUCCUCUGUUGUGGAAGGUGUCGGACAUGAAAAGGGUCAGAUCUGUGGGUGUGAUCGGGGCUCUGGUGGGCUCUCUGGCCCGUCAGCAUACGAACAACGCUCCUCCUUCAAAAACCCAUCUGUUCAUAUACAAGAAAGUAUUGCUAAAAACGCACCUUAUACAAAGCGACAGAUACAACACAUCAACCCUACAUACACACAUAGCUGAUUGUGGAGGUGAGGAGAGGCAUCUGGAGGCUGUGAGACAGUAUGAGGCUGGUCUGGAGAGCAGUUAUAAGGAGCAGUGUGCUCUGGCCCUGGAGGACAAGAAGACAGUGCUGAGCAAAACACUAAAUACUCCUCUCCCUGAUCCCUCAGGCACUGAUGACUCCGGCAGUGCAAUCAGAGACCGUCUUAACGCACUGGACCAGGCUUUCCGCUUCCCGUGGUCAGCCAUGGCAGUCCAGCUCUGCACCGCUCGCGCCGGCUUCAGCCACUGUCCAGAGGAACGCAGUUUCCAUUCCACUGAUUGGCCAAUGCCUAGAGAUGCGCUUAACACUAGAUUCUGUGUCUACAGAGAUCUGAGGAACAAAGGCUUCUACUUGACCUCCGCAGGGAAGUUUGGAGGAGAUUUCCUGGUGUAUCCAGGUGAUCCUCUGCGUUUCCAUGCUCAUUUCAUUGCAUUAUGCAUCUCCAUGGAUGAAGAGCUGCCUCUCUGUGAUAUUCUAGCUAUAGCUCGUCUGGGCUCCAAUGUGAAGAAAACAGUAUUGCUUUGCUCUCCACAGAAGCGCAGCGAGAGUGGAAAGCAUGAGAGUGUGGAGGGUGAUGUGGUGUAUUCAUCGCUGCAGUGGAGUUCUAUGGUGUAACUACACAACUGUAGUUUGUUUGAUAGUCAAAAGAUUCAGCUUUCCAGAAACCCAGUGUGCCUUCUGAUGUGUAAAGUGUGUGUGUGAAGGUUGAUCGAUAAAUUCUGAAUGACUGGAUUUUGUUUGAAUGUCAACAUGCAGAGGGAGAGUAUCAAUAAAAUCUGUAAUAAAAAUCUAAUGAAUUA